UUUCCUAUCUGACAUGGUUCUUUCUCUAUAUCAGAUAUAUAUUAGGUGUGGACCUUUUUAUCGAAUACUUCGGAUAUCUUUCGGAUGGAGGCGUAACAACUUUACAAGCUGGGGCAGUCUUGAUAUUUCAACUCAUGGCCAUGAUCAUUAUCGGACGAGCUGUGAUUGGUAUUUUGUGCCUCUUUGCCUAUUUAAUUUACAAGUUUCGACGGAGACACUUAUCAUUAGAUGAUGAUAUUGAAGAAUUCCUACAUAACUACCAAAAUCUUCGACCAAUCAAAUACACAUAUUCAGACAUAAAGAAGAUGACUUAUAAUUUUAAGCAUAAAUUAGGUCAAGGAGGUUUUGGUUUUGUGUACAAAGGAAAACUCCGAAGUGGCCGCAUUGUAGCUGUGAAAAUGUUGGUUAUGUCAAAGGCUAAUGGGCAAGAUUUUAUGAAUGAAGUUGCUACAAUUGGAAGAAUUCAUCAUGUUAAUGUGGUGAGACUUGUUGGAUUUUGCAUACAGAGAUCAAAAUGGGCCCUUAUAUAUGACUACAUGCCCAAUGGAUCUCUUGAUAAGUUUGUUUUUCUUGAUCAAGGCAACAACAUUCCUUUGAGUUGGGAAAGAUUAUACAAGAUUGCACUUGGAGUAGGAUGUGGGAUCGAAUACUUACAUCAAGGGUGUGAUAUGCAAAUUCUUCAUUUUGAUAUCAAGCCACACAACAUUCUUCUCGAUGAAGACUUCACACCAAAAGUUUCAGAUUUCGGUCUUGCAAAAUUAUACUCAACAGAUGAAAGUAUUGUAUCACUUACUGCUGCUAGAGGAACCUUGGGCUACAUUGCUCCUGAAUUGUUCUACAAAAACAUUGGAGGUGUAUCAUUUAAGGCUGAUGUUUAUAGUUUUGGAAUGUUGUUAUUGGAAAUGGUGGGAAAAAGGAAGAAUGUGAAUGCAUUUGCAAGGCAUUCAAGUCAAAUAUAUUUCCCAUCAUGGAUUUAUGAUAGAUAUGAUCAAGGAGAGGACAUGGAAAUGGGAGAUGCCACUGAGGAUGAAAAAAAGUAUGUAAGGAAAAUGGUGAUAGUUGCGCUAUGGUGUGUACAAAUGAAGCCUAUGGAUCGUCCUUCAAUGAGCAAAACAUUGGAGAUGCUUGAAGGAGAGAUUGAACUAUUGAAAAUGCCUCCUAAGCCAACUCUAUGGUCUAUCGAGAAUCAUGAGCAAUCCAUGGUAGAGGUACCAAUUUCAUCAUCCAAUUCCAUGGGUACAAUCAGCUUAAAUGGAAGGUAGUCCUACUCCAUCUAGUUGCUUAUUUUGUAAUCCAAUAAUAAUGUGUGAUUGUGUCUUAUGUGUAAGGUUUCUAUGAGAUCAGUGUAUGUAAUAAAAUAAAGUUUCUACUUCAAACAAUAGUUUGGUUUCUUGUAAGAAAGGUUAUGUACAAGUAAUAAAAUAUCAUUUUAGAUGUUUGAA